GUGCCUUAUAUUCAUAUUUUUGUCUAUUUGUUCCUACGGUAGAUUGUUCCAAGAGCUUACGAUUCUCACUAUUACGUAAUAUUUACCUUAUUUACUUAUGUCUACCGAAUUCAUCCAAACUAGAGCCUAGAGGUUCCAUGGUGAAGUGUAUGACGACCAUAGCGGACACGGGCAGAUUAAUGUGUGGAAGGACAUGGCUGACAGAGCAGUAUCAUGGCAUGACAUCACUGUUGAUGUUGGCUGGGGAAAGCUUCAUGGACUUCAUAACAAAGAGGGAUGUCAGUGUCUCCAGUACACAUGAGUGAGAUUGAAAAUGAACAGUCACAAGAUCCACAGGGCGAAGAAAGUAAGAUUGAUCUCUUAAGUCCUACCAAACGUCACCAAAGGAUAGUGGAAGAUGCUUGGGAAUGGGAAGAAAUAGAGAUUGACAUAGGAUGGGGAACUUUGCGAGGGAAAGCAAGAGGUUCAGGACCAAGGUACCUCUUAGGACUUCACGGAUGGCUUGACAAUGCCAACACAUUCGACCUCAUCGCUCCAUUUUUUCCCAAGGACAUGAGAAUUGUCUCCCUUGACCUCCCUGGUCAUGGCCGCUCUGAUCAUUUCCCCCCUGGUUUUAUCUAUGAUCCUAGAGGGUAUUUAGGUGCUGUGAAGAAGGCAGUGAUCUCCCUUGGCUGGAAUCACUUUACUCUCCUUGGACACAGUAUGGGGGCAGUAGUUGGGAUAAUGUACACAUCAGUCUUCCCAGAAGACAUAGAGGCAUUCAUUUGUCUUGAUAUGAUAAAACCUUGGUCAUAUCCACCUGAAAAACUUGCCUCUCGGUAUAAAAAAUCCUUUCUUCAGUAUUUUGAUAAUGAAAAGAAUGCUACGCAACCUGCAUUGGUAUAUGAUGAGGAAGAACUUGUUAGGAAGACAAUGGAAGGAAGUAAAUCUCUUGAUGACCGAGGUGCAAGAAUACUCCUGCAGAGAGGUGCAAGGAGGGCUGAAAAUGGCAAAGGAUUGAUUCUUACACGGGACCUUCGAGCCAAAGUGUAUUUCGUUGGCUUCAUCAGCUCUGAGAUGUGGAUGGGGUUUGCAAAAUCAAUUACAUGUCCUCUUCUUCUUAUCAAGGCAACAGAGAGUGAUUACCAUCAUGACUCACCAGAGCUGAUUAAAGCUAUGUUAUCUGCAUUUAAGCAAGACUGCAAAUAUUUUUGUUUUCAUGAGAUGCCAGGUAAACAUCACAUUCACCUUACACAUCCCACACCAGUUGGAGAACUUAUUUUGGAUUUCUUGGAUGAAUGCAAAUCGUUUCGUCAAAGUGGUGCGAUUGAUUAUGUAGGUUAAGUUUUUCUAAGUUGUAGAAGUGUCAAAGCACACUUACUGGAGGUUGCAAUUUUUUAAUUUGGUUGUGAGUGAAAUGACAUGAUUUAAUACAGAUUAUAUUUCCUCUUAUUGUCACUCAUUCUAUGACACUAACUCUCUUCUUUGAUUUCCAUGAUGCAUCAAGUAUUGCCAGGGAUUGAAUUGUAAAAAGUUAACAAGUGGUAUGCUCAGAUUUGAAUCAUUUGAUAUCCAAAUUAUGAAAGGCAAUCCCAUGAAAAAAAAAUAGCAUGUAGUCCUAGAUCCACAUACCUUGUCAAUGACACCAGUUAUCCACUUUGCAUGUACAGUACCAUAACCUUUAGCCAUAUUCCUAACUCUCACCCUAUCAUUUACCU